GAAUCGUUCAAUCGCCGCGAGUUUCGAUCGUGCGAAUUACAGAGUUCUAUUCUCACUUCGUGACAAGUCAUCCAGCGUGCAACAUUCGCCUUAUCGUUAGCAGAGUUCCUUCGAUUUCCAAGCAUAAUUCGAAUGGUCAGCCUUUGCAUGGCACUAACAAUUUGUAUGCUCAAUGGUGCGCCGCUUGCUCACGAUUAGUCUGGACUAAUAAAUAUACUGCAGCACAAACGCAGCCGCAGAACAUAUCGGCAAUAUCAGUGUUGACAUUGUGUUGAGGUGGCGGGGCGACGUGGGUGUUUUCUACGAAGUAAUUAUGUCGUGCAAAUCGGCGAUGCUGCCGUCAUAUGUAGAAUGCUUUAACGUCCGACUGGGAAAGGCGAAGGCCUUUGAGAGGUUCGAGCUGUUCGACAGAGAUACCGUCACGCUAUCUCCCUCGUCUCCUGGACAGGAAAUUCGUUUGAGUCCUGGCACAGCCGUAAUCAUCACUGGAUACAUACCCUUCAAUGCGAUUAGAUUUUCGGUGAAUCUAUCGUGCAAUUCAUCUGCGGAUAAUGUGGCUCUACAUUUCAAUCCACGGCUGCAGAGGGGCUACGUAGUCAGGAAUUCAAAGCUGCGAAAUCAAUGGCAGGAAGAAGAAAGAUGUUCGUCUUCCGGCCGGAGCGGAUUUCUGUUUCACCGAGAUACUUACUUUCAUCUAAUGAUAUUUUGCACUCCGAACGAAUACCAGAUAGCCAUCGACGGUGAGCACUUUUGCUCAUUCGCAUACCGAAUCCCCUUAGCUGCUGUGACCGUACUUCAGGUUCAGGGGGACGUCGAAGAUGUAAGAACCAGGGUGACGACCUUCAAAGAAUACCCAGACUCAGAACUUUACCCGCCGAAACACAACCUCGAACUUUUUACCGACAAACCGUUGAAUAACAACUUGGAUAUUCCAGUCACCGUUUCCAUUCCGGAAGGCAUCACAGUCGGGACUCGUAUAUCCGUCAAAGGGCGACUGAAGCUGCUUCCUCACUCAUUUUACCUCAAUUUGCAAAAAGGGCGAACGAUAUAUCCUCAUCCGGAAAUCGGGCUGCACUUGAACCCUCGGUUUCUCUUCGGUAGCGCGGAGCCGUGCGUUGUUAUGAAUUGUUGGAAAAACGGUAGCUGGGAACACGAAGAACGACACGAAGGCGUUCUGUCUUGGGGACCAGGUCGAGAAUUCGUAUUAACCUUGGCGUGCGAGUACGAAGCUUAUACUAUAUGGUUGGGGAGCAAAAUGAUCGGCGAAUUCAGACAUAGAGUUUCCCUCGAGAGUAUCGACACCAUCAAGAUCUGCGGUGACGUUGUCAUAUACGAACUCUACGUCACGCACACACCCUAGAGUCUGUCGCAUCGUAGAUAAGACCUAAAUAUUCCUUUCGCCAAAGAAGCUUUAUCUGUAACUAUUAAGAGGGCAAGUCCAUAAGUCAAAAUUUUCAGCCAUCCGGCAUUUUGACUCUGCGUAUUUAUGUACAUAUAGAUUCAUAUUCACGUACCUUCGACGGGCUGGUUUAAACAGAUUUUGCUCCGUGCAAAAUGCUCGAAUUCAUUCCAUCAUGUGCAACUCAGAAUUGCUUGAUUAUAAGAAGAAACUCAAAACCGAAAAUAUUAAUGAAAAAGCGAAUUUAAACGAAACGAAUCAACAAUACACAAGAUUGAAGUAUAAUAUUUCACCGACUAUUCAAAGAGUAGAUUAUUAUUCUAUUUUUUUUUCUCGUUUUUUAAUUCAUGUCAAGUUGAUACAAGUUUCUAAUCUCCAUAAUUGGGUGGAGUAUUUUUUUAUGUAUUAUAUUUUUUCUCUUCUAUAUUCUGCGAAUAGCUGUCGGUGAAUUGUUUAUUUCAAUACUGCAGAUUUGAUUGCUCAUUUUUACAUACCAAAAAAAGAAAAAAAAAAAAAAAAGAGAAAAAAAUAGAAUAAUAGUAUAACGAACAAAAAAGACAAAUGAGAUGAAAAUUGGGAUCUAUAUUUGUUCUUCUAUACACCCAAUAAGAUUUUUCUUCUCAAUUGCGAAGAUCCUAAUUUUCACAUUACAUCUUCAUUUCAUUUAAUCAUCUGUUUAUAAUUUUAUCUAGCCAUUUAUACGCUUUUUAACGUUGUACCGUAUUUUUAGCAGCUGUGCGAUAUUAGAG